AUGCCAAGAACUUCAGCCGCUGCCAUUGUGUCUGUUACUUCAGCGACAAUGCUACCAUCCCUAUCGUUUAACCCUACGCAUCAACUCUCAAUCAAACUGACUUCAACGAACUUCUUACUUUGGCGAACUCAAUUUUUGCCUAUGAUUCGUGGUUAUGGAUUAGAGCAUCAUCUUGAUGGCUCUCAACCAAUUCCAAAAAGAUUUCUUGGUGAAAAUCAAUUGAAUCCUUUGUAUCAGAAUUGGGCACGUCAAGAUCAAAUAGUUUUGAGUUGGAUUGUGGCCUCUGUUUCAGAGAGUGUGUUACCACAAAUAGUAGGUGUUGAGACGUCUCGUGCAGCCUGGGAAAAAUUGAUUUCGGCGUAUGCUACGAAAGCUAAGAGUAUAGCUGAUCAACUUGUUGCUUUACAACAUCCCAUUAAUGAGGACGAUCUUGUUGAGUAUGUUAAAGGUGGCUUAGGUGUGUCUUAUCGCCCUUUUACACGAUCUAUUGAUGCGACACAGAUUGAUGUAUCUAUUGAUACACUAUAUGGUCUCCUUUAG